UCACCAGAACGUCACAAACAUGAAACUACACAAAAUUACUUUUGCCUACUAACAAGUACAAUGAUUUUGGUCAUUUGGUACGCCAUUCUAGCUCUAGUCGUCAUUUUUAGAAGCCCUGUAAUCGAUUUUCUGGACUCCAUAUCCACAAUGCUGCAAACUUUUAAAGAAACCAUCCAAAAAGUAAUAGCACACGCAUCGAAAACACUGGAAUCGCACAAAACUACGAUUGGAAUAAUAGCAGGACAUUUAACAAUAGCUCGUCUUUUUUCCGGAGUGCUGGUUUGUCUUGACAUACGAAAAAAUGGUACUGAACGCAUUAGUUCGCUACCUUUCGUUGGAGGUCUAAUGUUAGCUUUGGGUUCCUUAAGGUACGCUAAAGUGCUAGGAGACGACGUUAUGUUACAAGUCAAUUUUGAGUCGGCAGUACUGAAUUCGAUUUUCUGUAUUUUUUACAUCGUCCAUUCGCAAGAUAAGUGGAACGAAAUACUUCAACCCUUGUCCUAUAGCAUGGGCACGGUGGCGAUUCUAUGGGGGUACUGCGAAUGGGAGGACCCGGCUUUGAUCAAAUUUCGGUAUGGACUAAUCAUGACGAUGUUAAUGCUUUUUCUAUCAGCGGUACCACUUCUCAAUUUGAAAAAAGUUAUUGCGCAGAAAGACGCAUCUGAAAUUCCUUUGGUUAUGUCUCUGAUGGGCACCAUGGUCACUUUUUCCUGGCUUCUGUACAGCAUAAUUAUAACGAACGGUUUUUUGAUCGUCCAAAACUUAAUAGGCUUCUUGAUUUUUGCAACGCGAUUGUUGCUGAUUUAUUUAUAUUCAGGUGAAUUUGCGCGACAAGAAGAUGAUCAGGGCUGUUUAAGUUUCGAGUUGUAGGAGUUCAAGAGGGCGAACAUGGUGAAAACUUAUAGAAAAGGAAU